UGGUUUACUAGUAGGUAUAAGAUCAUUGGUGUAUUGUUAUACAACUGUAUGUUUUGAAAACGAACACUAGUAAAGAUAAACAGGUUGUUAUGUAUUAGCAAUAAGUUUCAUUAAUAAUGUGAUAGCCACAGCUUGUCGUCCGUUCACCAACAGCAGCUGUGCGCUGUUUUUACUACAGUUUAAUAUACAUUUUAUUACGAAUGGUCCGUGAGUGAUUUUUGCAUUAAAAUGAUAAUAAUAUUGAGAAUUGCCGAGAUGGUGUUCCCAGUAAUUUUAGCAAUGGGGAUGGCAGGAUUCACAAAUAAUCACCCAGAAGAUAUUUUUCAGUUAAUGCGACUUCAAUUAGGCCAACCUAAGUGGUUUAAAAAAGUAAUAUUAACGCAAAUAGUAGUGUAUAUUUGCAUAUUUUUUAGUUUAUUAAAGAUUGUUGGACAAGCUAUUAAAGAACCUAUCUCUAAAAAAGUGAUGGUUCUUGGCGAUACAUUAGUUAUUAUAGGAUGUUUAAUGUCAUCUUAUUUUUUAUUACAAAUUCAUAAAGAUUUCAAUAAGCAUGAACUGAUGGUUGGCUCGAUGUCGUAUGCUAUCAUCGGUCUUCUUUUUACGUGUGAUGCAGCUAUUAUGUCUCAUCAAUUAAUUGCAAAAAUGAGACAACGUCGGUAGUUAUAUUCAAUUGGAAAAUAAUUAUUUAAAACUUUUAUUCGUUCCUGAAAUUAAUUUAUACUGUUUUAGAUAAAAUCGUAAUUUAAUAUCAUGUUUACUUUAAAAUACUCAAUCAAAUAUUUUAUUAUGUAAUAAUACGAUUUAUAAUGUACAAUACUAUACAAAUUUGAAGUAUAUUUUGUUUUAUAGUUAGAUAUUAAGUUUUAAUUUAUACACUAAUAUUUUAUAUAUAUGUGUAUGUAUAACACUGUACAAUUAUUUUAUAGCAUAAUGAUUAUUAUACUUAUGACACUUAUGAUGUUAAAGCUAUUAUAAUUUUAUUUUAA